CACUUUCAAAUUCAUUCCUUUCAUUUCUCAUGUCUCUGAGGCUAGAGCAACCCAGGAUUGUCGAUAAGCGAAAGACCAUCAGUGGGACGACGGAAUAUCUGAUUUCAACCACACAAGAAUGGGUCUUAUCAUCCACUAGCCGGCUCAUUAACCCAGAACUUGUUGAACUUUAUGAAUGGCUCCUCAAUUCUGGAUACCGUGAGGGCACCAGUGUUUUUGCCACGACCUACAAAUCACAUGUUACAUCCAUUAAGAGCACAAGGAAACGACAGCAAUCGUCGUCGACAUCGUCGAUAGCGACUACGUCAUAUCCGGCAACAGAAAUAACGGCAGAGACGUCAAUAUCAACAUCGAAUACAAAUAAAAAUGCUAAUGACUGUAAUGAUGAUACACUGGUAAAAAAAGAAACUCCAGAGAGUGCUGGAAUAUCAAGGAAUAACGAUGCUCCUAAAAUUAAGGAUGAGCCUCAGGAGGAGGAUGGUCAUGGAAGAAUUAAGAAGCAACGUUUAGAUGGAAGCUUUGUCGAGGACAAAUUGGAUCAAUUGUCCAUUUCACAGCCACAUUCCGAACGAAUAGUACCUAUAAAAACAGAGUCAUCGAGCCUGAAUGAAUUUACUACGAUACUAGAGGAUGCUGGAAUUAAAUCUAGGGACGAAGAAAAGCAACUUCUGAAGGAGUUCAACAGGAAUACAGAGCAGAUGAUUGAAGUCUAUUUCAAAGAAGGAAUGGAUGCUUCUGGUGUCGAGAUGUUUGAUACUCUACUGGGACCUUACCGUCGACCCACAAAAGAGUUCAUAGCUUCUUUCUUUUACGCGGUUGUCCUCUCGCCGCUGACGGAGCCCGCAACCAUCGAAGCUGCUAUCCAUGUCCUCGACCGUACAUUCACUCUUCAUGGACCAGAGCCUUUUCAAGAUAUUUGGGAUGUACAAAAGCGGCGACGCGAAUUUGCAGACGGGACUAGCCCAUUUUCACGACAAUUCUUUCCAACAUCUUCAGGAUCAGGAUCAGAAAUAGAAUCAAACAUAAGAGCCUGUAUUAAUGAAGGCAGCAGUGGAGAUACUACUUUCAGUAAAUUAUCUACAACACCAGUUUUCACAGGCCGUCUGCCCAGCUGGAACAACAUCUGGGAUUUGAUUAGGGCUGAAUUUGGAUUGGAUACGAAGCCUGAAUCUAGGCAACAUAUUGCACUCCAGGAGCAUCAGAUCCGUACAAGGCUUCAAGGAGACACAACUAUCCAGGGUGUCGGAGAAGAUGAUGGCGUGGGAGACGAGAUCCAGGGGAUCAGAGAGGAGCGAGAAGUGCGAGACGAGAUUGGACGAGCUAUUGUAGGGUUUCUUUUAAGGGUCUUGGAACAGGAUGCGGUCCUAAAGAAUGUUUCCGCGGAAACAUUUUUUUGCCGAAACGUCCUCAUGCUUGAUCCGUUUUCACCAGCUCAGACUGUGCGACAGGCACUUGAUGUUAUUUUCCAAAUUAUUUCUCUUGCUAUGAGCUCAAGGUACUUGGAGUUACCUGUCUAUCCGGCUCCUGCUCCAGCUGUAACGACUGGAUCUCGGGCAGGGGGCUCAUGGCCGCUAAAUAUACGGUGCACAUUGAACUCGUCAGGAAUGGAGAUCUUGCAGCUUGGCCAACAACUUCUGUUACUUUUAAUCCGUUUUACAGAAGGUGGAGUGCUCUUACCAGGCAAGGGCCUGGAAGAACUAGCGCGCGAGGUCUUAUCUAGGUUAAGUAAAAUGAAUAAGGAUAGAAAGCUUCUGAGCCAUGGUUCUAAAGUAUCGACUGGAUCGUCAUCAAGCCGACCUUCUACUGCCACAUCGACAGCCAUGCCGUUUACGCUCGAGAGGUAUAGUUUGGAUCAGACAGAGAUUUUUUUGAAAGCUCUGAUUCAAGGACCAUGUCUAUUGGAUUCAGGGACAGGGUCUGGGGCUGGUGUAAAAAUGAAGAGAGAAAAGAAAAAUGCUCUGGCUUCUCUCAUAUUGGAUAACAUAUCGCCAGGAGCAGAGGAGGGGGGAAUGGAUAUUUCGUUCAAUUUUGAUGAAGCAGAUGAUUACAACACAAUCUUCAAAAGUCAGACUGGGAUAUGCAUGGGAUCAAGUGCAUUUGUGAUGGUACUGGUUGACUUUUGGUUCCGGUCCAAGACAAUUUAUAGUGGUGGGGGAUCGGCAAUGAGUGGUGGGGGAGCACAGCUAAGUUUCCGACGAGUCAUAGAGGAAUAUGCGAUGCCAAUUCGUGUGCGUCCGGCUGGUACCUCAUCUUCUAAUACAUCUAUAGGAUUGACAUCAAGCAAUAAGACUGAAAAGGGAAAAAAAGCAGGGACGCGAAGCUCGGUGAGACGGCGUAAAGCAUCUUUAAUAUCAGAAGAGGAAGAGGCAGAAUUGUUAUUGGCAAGUAUUAUUUCACCCACAAUGGAUACUGAGCCGGAGGGGCAUGAACAAUGGAAUGCAAAGGAUCUAGAGCAGAUUGAGUGGACAGUGAUGAUGAUCGAGGUACUUGUGGAGUCCUGGAUCGAGGCUCGAGGAAUUAGGCGAGAUGAGAUCGAAGGUACUGGAUUGGAGCAGGUGCUCUAUCCAAACGAGCCUCGCGAGAGUCAAAGAUUAACUAGGGAUCAGGAAAAGUCGAUUUCAGGAUGGGUGGCGAUGUCUAAUCUGUUGGAUAAGAUUGGAGGAACAUUGAAAAUCCGAUGGGGGCUCCUUGAGAACAUUAUUGAGGCUGCGAUCAUGGUGGAAGAGCUUUGUCUCCGCUGAGUGUUCGAAAUUGUGAC